UCCCUCCUCCCUCCAACACCAUCUCUAUCUAAGCCCCACUCGUUCCUUCUCAAGCCAAAAACACUCGUACUAAACCCUUUCCCCUCAAUUUCACUGUAAAAUUCACAUAGAGAGGGCAGAGAACUAAGAGUGAAAUAUAUGGCUUCUACUUCAGCGGUCUCAAUGGCUAUGCCAUUAUCUUAUGCAAGCCAAAAGAGGGUUCCAACCUCAGAGGCCUUUUUCAAGCCACUUCCAGUGAGACCCUCAAAGGCAAUAGCUGCAACAAAAUCAAGUGGGAGGCUUCAAGUUAGGGCUUCUCUGAAGGAGAAGGCGGUCACAGGACUCACAGCGGCUGCGCUGACAGCCUCGAUGGUGAUCCCAGAAGUGGCUGAAGCUGCUGGGUCUGGGGUUUCUCCAUCCCUCAAGAACUUUUUGCUCAGCAUUGUGGCUGGUGGAGUUGUGCUUACUGUGAUUGUUGGUGCUGUGAUUGGAGUGGCCAACUUUGACCCAGUCAAGCGUGGCUGAUAGACCAAUUCCCAGAAUGCUGAAAAUUUAUAAAUUUUCACUUUCAUGUAUCUGUUUAAUGUUUUUUUUUUUAGUAAUGAUCUCUGUAUUGUGUGAUAUGUCACUCUUUAAGCUGUAAUUUGUCCGGGAACUGAAUUCUGAAAUUUUAAUUUCAA